GAACGCAUGACCACGGCAUUAUUCGUUGUUGGCAUUUGAAAAGAAAGUUAUCGCAAGUUUCUUUCAAAAAGGUCCGAGCAAUAUUUAUUGUGCCGCCUUAACUCGGCUUCCGGAAGUUGCUCUGAAGCAACAUGUUAACUUCCGGGUAGUACUUUCUCCCGUGCUGGAAGUACAAAUAAGCCCAAAAUGAGCUUCCUUUUCGGGGGACGGUCAUCAAAGACAUUCAAGCCCAAGAAAAAUAUCCCAGAGGGCACGCACCAAUAUGAUUUAAUGAAGCAGGCGGCAGCAACUUUAGGCAGUGGUAAUCUUCGAUUGGCUGUGAUGUUACCAGAGGGUGAAGACCUGAACGAGUGGGUCGCUGUGAAUACUGUAGAUUUCUUCAAUCAGAUCAACAUGCUGUAUGGCACAAUCACUGAAUUCUGCACAGAAGACACGUGUUCUGUGAUGUCUGCCGGUCCCAAGUACGAGUACCACUGGGCUGACGGCCAGACUGUCAAAAAGCCCAUCAAGUGUUCAGCUCCUAAGUACAUCGACUACCUCAUGACGUGGGUACAAGACCAGCUGGAUGAUGAAACACUCUUCCCUUCCAAGAUAGGUGUGCCAUUUCCCAAGAAUUUCUUCUCGAUUGCAAAGACAAUCCUGAAGCGCCUGUUCCGCGUUUACGCACACAUCUACCACCAGCAUUUCCCUGAAGUGGUCCAGUUAGGAGAAGAAGCUCAUCUCAACACGAGCUUCAAACAUUUCAUCUUCUUUGUCCAGGAAUUUGGCCUUAUAGACCGCCGUGAACUGGUUCCUCUUCAGGAGCUCAUUGAGAAGCUCACGAGCAAAGAUCGGGACAAGGACAGCAAUCCGUCGCGCUGACUUGUGUAUAUUUAUGGGGUGGCCAUCCGGCGUGGAUAGCACCCAUGUACUUAGUAGCCGCAAACUAAUAAGGAAGCUGUAGCUCACGUGGAAAAGAAAAAACUGUGCAGCUUCCUUCUUAUGUUGCUGUGUACAGUUGUACGGACUGGACAACACCGAAGUGCCAGCUGUUGUUCUGUUGUACCAAACUUGAGUUUGUAUUUAAUUUUACCCGAUGCUUACCUGCCCUAUGUUGCUGUUUUUAAUGCUGUAGCUCUGUAUCUGCUGUUGAACCAACAGCGUACUGACAAAAUGGACGAGAAUCUUUUAUAGCCUCUGCGUACACACACGAUUCAGUCAUCACAUGGCAGUGUUACUUGCUUGUACAGAAUAAAAUUACUCAGAGCUCCAAAUGCUGUGAUGCCAUUUGUGUAAGGCUGGCACAAUGUCCUUACGAUGCUCCUCGUUUUAGCUAUAAUUAUCUUCCAUUAUCACAAACUGCCUCUUUAUCUGCUGCCUGUGAUCUCUCAACAUGUACUGAAGCAUGAACAUAAGCAAGCACAUGCACAUCUUGCCUUCUUCUACCAUAUCACAAGCAAGAGUAGUGUGUUCACUGCAGAUUAAUUUACUUCAUGCAACAAUUCGAAAUAAGAGAAGAGUCUAUUCGAGAGAAUAUUCCUGUAACAGCUCACCCAUUCAACUUACAGCUUGGUGGCAACAUCAGGUGUCCAUCACAUGAAGUGGUACGCUAGCCUGUUUGGUAAAUAACUUGUUUGAAUAAUCAUAAUAUGGCAGAAAUAAGCACACACUACAGGCUCAUGUGAAAUGCAAGACGACUGCUUUCAUUACCGGCUGCCUGAGGCUAUUUCUCCCCGUUGAGUUCCUUAUUUCUGUGAUUUCUUUUUAUCAUAAUUAGUAAUUCCUACCUGCUUUUGCACUUACGGAUAUGAUCCUGACAAGCUCGUUUUUGUGUGUAUGCAUCGUUCUGCAAAAUUCUCUUUUCUCUCCAUUAUGUACUCGCACAAAGAAACCGUUCUCUUCCUGAAACUGCUUUUUAUAAUCUGGUUAACAUUAGAGGUAAACACCACUGUGACACUUUUAGUAAUUUAUUCAUUCAACAAGUGGCAGUCUUGAUUCUUGUUCUGUCACCUCACAAAUAUAUUCAGGGAAAAUUUUUUUUCCUAUUCCUAAGCUGUUCCUAUUGGUUGCAACAGCUAGCUUCGUGCUGUUCUUAGGCUAAAUGCUGGGUGCAGGUGACUUCACACUCAAGGAAAUUGCAACAAAAAGAGACAAAUCACAUAUGCAGUAAAAAUGCUGAAGUACUCGGAAAGUUUGCAGUGUACGCUUUAAAUUUUGCCCUGGGAAGUGGGAUUGUCCACACUGAAACACAUACUUGCUGCUGCUAUUAUGACACAUUUUGCUCCUGCACUGAGAAAAUGCACAAAGUCGAUAAAAGUCUGUGCUCUUUAGAAUUAGCAUUUAGUAGCGUCUACAGAUGAAUGUGCCCAAACUCUCUGAUUUUGUUUGUCUGUUAGUUUCUAUACCUGCAAAGACACCGUCCUUGCACUUGUGUCUCGAGUUUUCACGCGAGACGUUUUAUACAGCUUGUACAUUGAGUAAUGUUUAGCAAACAAAUGGAGAACGUCAUUUUGCUUGAAAGCACGAGUGAUUACACUAUUUUUGUGAAUGAAUCGAAUAUCAUGACAUUUUAAAUAAAUUGUGUGUGAUACAAAUGUG